UUCUGUGUCAACGUCAUGUUGUCAUACUAUAUAAAGCAUUCUGCACUGUACAAUGCAAAUAAUAAUCUUUGCCAAAGUUCUCAUAGUCUAUGUGCUAUCCUACAGAUUUGUGCCCUGAGGGUGACCGACGGAGCCCGCAGAAGAAUCCUGAAAGCAGGUGGUAAGGUGAUGACCUUUGACCAGCUGGCUAUGGCUUCUCCCAAGGGACAGGGUACAGUGCUGCUAUCAGGACCCCGCAAAGGCAGAGAGGUGUACAGACACUUCGGAAAAGCCCCUGGAACUCCUCAUAGCCGCAGCAAGUACGUAUACAGAUGAUUGAUGAUUGGUACUGUUGAACAGAACUACCAGACUAGGUGUUAAUGAUAAUGGCCCUGAACUGAGGUCCAUGU